GAGGGAGGCGGCGAGGCUGCGAGGCGGAGGCCCCCGCGCCGGCCCGCCCGCAAAGUGCGGCUCUGACACAUCCCGGGCAUGGAAGUUAAGUGACAAAACUCUGGACGUGGAGCUGCCGCCGCGGAGGGACCUGGGGACCGAGAGCCGGGAGGCGGCCGCGGGUUUCUCGGGCGGCGCGCCGGCAAGUUUCUGGAACACUUUCUAGGAAUUGGGUCUUUUUCCUGCCCCUUCAUCCCCCCGACUCCUGAAGAGGGAACUUGGCUUUGGAUCGCGAAGGAGCCUGAGGAGUGAGGGUGGGACACACUUGAGUCGUUCCUCCGACGGGGCUGAAUUCGUGGGAAUUUCGGGAGCCGGAGGGUGGACAUCUCGGCGGCGUUGGCGGUGCCCGCUGCCAGCUUGGGCGGAUCUGAAGGUGCCCCACGCAAGACCUCUCCACGGAGCCCUCCUCGUCUUGAGAUGGGCUCUUCCUGACUUUAAUUAGCAUCUAGCAAAGCCUGAACUUUGGACCUACCUCUUAUUUUGAUACUUAUUUUUGUACUUUUGCUCUCUGGGAUUGGUUUCUUAAGCAAUCUGGAUCCUUUUUAAUAUGUCAAAAUGAGUCGGCUGAUGUUUACCCAACUUCUGCUCUGUGGAUUUUUAUAUAUUCCGGUUGAUGGGUCCCGGCUCCGGCAGGAAGACUUCGCCCCGCGCAUCGUGGAGCACCCCUCGGACGUCAUCGUGUCCAAGGGCGAGCCCACCACCCUGAACUGCAAGGCGGAGGGCCGGCCCACGCCCACCAUCGAGUGGUACAAGGACGGCGAGCGCGUGGAGACCGACAAGGAUGACCCGCGCUCGCACAGGAUGCUGCUGCCCAGCGGCUCGCUCUUCUUCCUGCGCAUCGUGCACGGGCGCCGCAGCAAGCCCGACGAGGGCAGCUACGUGUGCGUGGCCAGGAACUACCUGGGCGAGGCCGUGAGUCGCAACGCGUCCCUGGAAGUGGCACUGUUACGAGAUGACUUCCGGCAAAAUCCCACAGAUGUUGUGGUGGCAGCUGGAGAGCCUGCGAUCCUGGAGUGCCAGCCUCCUCGGGGACACCCGGAGCCCACCAUCUACUGGAAAAAAGACAAAGUUCGAAUUGAUGACAAGGAGGAAAGAAUAAGUAUCCGUGGUGGAAAACUGAUGAUUUCCAAUACCAGAAAAAGUGAUGCAGGGAUGUAUACCUGUGUGGGCACCAAUAUGGUGGGAGAAAGAGACAGUGAUCCAGCAGAGCUGACUGUCUUUGAGCGACCCACGUUUCUCAGGAGGCCAAUCAACCAGGUGGUGCUGGAGGAAGAGUCUGUAGAAUUCCGGUGUCAGGUCCAGGGCGAUCCUCAGCCAGCCGUGCGGUGGAGAAAGGAUGACACAGACCUGCCCCGGGGAAGGUAUGACAUCAAAGAUGAUUACACACUGAGAAUUAAAAAGGCCUUGAGUACAGAUGAAGGCACCUAUAUGUGUAUUGCUGAGAAUCGGGUUGGAAAAGUGGAAGCUUCGGCCACCCUCACAGUUCGAGCUCGCCCUGUUGCUCCUCCACAGUUUGUGGUUAGGCCGAGAGAUCAGAUUGUCGCUCAAGGUCGGACAGUGACAUUUCCCUGUGAAACUAAAGGAAACCCACAGCCAGCUGUUUUUUGGCAGAAAGAAGGCAGCCAGAAUCUACUUUUCCCAAACCAACCCCAGCAGCCCAACAGUAGAUGUUCUGUGUCACCCACCGGAGACCUCACGAUUACCAACAUUCAGCGAUCAGACGCGGGUUACUAUAUCUGCCAGGCCCUAACCGUGGCAGGAAGCAUUUUAGCAAAAGCUCAACUGGAAGUUACUGAUGUUUUGACAGAUAGACCCCCGCCCGUAAUUCUUCAAGGCCCAGCCAACCAGACGCUGGCAGUGGACGGCACAGCGCUACUGAAAUGUAAAGCAACUGGAGACCCUCUUCCUGUAAUUAGCUGGUUGAAGGAGGGGUUCACUUUUCUGGGUAGAGACCCAAGAGCAACCAUACAAGAGCAAGGGACAUUGCAGAUUAAAAACUUACGGAUGUCUGACACUGGCACUUACACGUGUGUGGCCACAAGUUCGAGCGGGGAGACUUCCUGGAGCGCUGUGCUGGAUGUGACAGAAUCCGGAGCAACAAUCAGUAAAAAUUAUGAUUUAAGUGACCUGCCAGGACCACCAUCCAAACCGCAGGUCACUGAUGUUACUAAGAACAGUGUCACCUUGUCCUGGCAACCAGGUACCCCUGGAGCCCUCCCGGCAAGUUCGUAUAUCAUUGAGGCGUUCAGCCAAUCAGUGAGCAAUAGCUGGCAGACGGUGGCAAACCAUGUAAAGACCACCCUCUACACAGUGAGAGGACUGCGGCCCAAUACCAUCUACUUGUUCAUGGUCAGAGCCAUCAACCCCCAAGGCCUCAGUGACCCGAGCCCCAUGUCAGAUCCUGUACGCACACAAGAUAUCAGCCCACCAGCACAAGGCGUGGACCAUAGACAAGUACAGAAGGAACUAGGAGAUGUCAUAGUCCGUCUUCACACUCCAGUUGUACUGACUCCCACGACUGUUCAAGUCACAUGGACGGUUGAUCGCCAGCCCCAGUUUAUCCAAGGCUACCGGGUGAUGUAUCGUCAGACCUCAGGCCUGCAGGCGACACCAACGUGGCAGAAUUUAGACGCCAAAGUCCCAAAUGAGCGAAAUGCUGUCUUAGUCAACCUGAAGAAGGGCGUGACUUACGAAAUUAAAGUUCGACCUUAUUUUAAUGAGUUCCAAGGAAUGGAUAGUGAAUCUAAAACAGUCCGUACUACCGAAGAAGCCCCCAGCGCCCCUCCGCAGUCUGUCACCGUGCUCACGGUUGGAAGCCACAACAGCACAAGCAUCAGUGUUUCCUGGGAUCCUCCCCCUCCAGAUCAUCAGAACGGAAUCAUCCAGGAGUACAAGAUCUGGUGUCUGGGGAACGAAACACGAUUUCAUGUGAACAAAAGUGUGGAUGCAGCCAUCCGGUCGGUGGUCAUCGGCGGGCUAGCCCCCGGUGUCCAGUACCGCGUGGAGGUGGCCGCGAGCACCAGCGCGGGGGUCGGAGUGCGAAGUGACCCGCAGCCCAUCGUGAUCGGUGGACGUAAUGAAGUUGUCAUUACUGAAAACAACAACAGCAUAACUGAGCAAAUCACUGAUGUGGUGAAACAACCAGCCUUUAUAGCUGGUAUUGGUGGUGCCUGCUGGGUAAUUCUGAUGGGUUUCAGCAUCUGGUUGUAUUGGCGAAGAAAGAAGAGAAAGGGGCUCAGUAAUUAUGCUGUUACAUUUCAAAGAGGAGAUGGAGGACUAAUGAGCAAUGGAAGCCGACCAGGUCUUCUAAAUGCUGGGGACCCCAAUUAUCCAUGGCUUGCUGAUUCGUGGCCAGCCACAAGCUUGCCAGUCAACAAUAGUAAUAGUGGCCCAAAUGAGAUUGGGAAUUUUGGGCGUGGAGAUGUGCUGCCGCCGGUUCCAGGCCAAGGGGAUAAAACGGCAACGAUGCUCUCAGAUGGAGCCAUUUAUAGCAGCAUUGACUUCACGACCAAAACCUCUUACAACAGCUCCAGCCAAAUAACACAGGCUACCCCAUAUGCCACGACACAGAUCCUGCAUUCCAACAGCAUCCAUGAAUUGGCUGUCGACCUGCCUGAUCCCCAGUGGAAAAGCUCGAUUCAGCAAAAAACAGAUCUGAUGGGAUUUGGUUACUCUCUGCCUGAUCAGAACAAAGGUAACAAUGGUGGGAAAGGUGGAAAAAAGAAGAAAAAUAAAAACUCCUCCAAACCGCAGAAGAACAAUGGAUCGACUUGGGCCAACGUCCCGCUGCCUCCCCCUCCUGCGCAGCCCCUCCCUGGCUCCGAGCUGGAGCACUACGCGGCGGAGCAGCAGGAAAACGGCUAUGACAGUGACAGCUGGUGCCCGCCGUUGCCGGUACAAACCUACUUGCACCAGGGCAUGGAAGACGAGCUGGAAGAAGACGAUGAGCGCGUCCCGACACCUCCUGUCCGAGGGGUGGCCUCGUCCCCCGCCAUCUCCUUCGGGCAGCAGUCCACGGCGACGCUCACGCCCUCCCCGCGCGAGGAGAUGCAGCCCAUGCUGCAGGCUCACCUGGACGAGCUGACCAGGGCCUACCAGUUUGACAUAGCCAAGCAAACAUGGCACAUUCAAAGCAAUAAUCAACCUCCGCAGCCCCCGGUUCCACCAUUAGGUUACAUGUCCGGAACCUUGAUUUCUGACUUGGAAACAGAUGUUCCAGAUGAUGAUGAUGCUGAUGAAGAGGAGGAGACUUUAGAGACGCCCAGGCCCCUGAGAGUGCUAGAGCAGACACCCGGAUCCAGUAUGGACAAUCUGGACAGCUCUGUGACAGGUUCAAUGGUAAAUGGAUGGGGCUCUGCAUCUGAUGAGGAUCGUAACUUUUCUAGUCGUAGAUCUAGUGUAGGUAGCUCCUCAGAUGGCUCCAUCUUUGCCAGCGGCAGUUUUGCACAAGCUCUGGUGGCAGCAGCAGAUAAAGCUGGCUUUAGGCUGGAGGGAACCAGCCUUACGAGAACAGGCAAAGCCUUUACCUCCUCUCAAAGACCUCGACCAACCAGCCCAUUUUCUACUGACAGUAGCACCAGUGCAGCCCUGAGUCAAAGUCAGAGGCCUAGGCCGACUAAAAAACACAAGGGAGGGCGAAUGGACCAGCAGCCAGCGUUGCCUCACCGAAGGGAAGGGCUGACAGAUGAUCUUCCACCACCACCAGAUCCCCCUCCAGGUCAGGGUUUAAGGCAGCAAAUAGGCCCGAGCCAGCAUGCUGGUAACGUGGAAAACUCAACAGAGAGAAAAGGAAGCUCUCUGGAGAGACAACAAGCAUCCAACUUAGAAGACACAAAGAGCUCAUUGGAUUGUCCAGCUAGAACGUCCCUAGAGUGGCAGCGACAAACCCAGGAAUGGAUUAACUCCACAGAACGCCAAGAAGACAUACGGAAAGCCCUACACAAACAAGGUGUUGGACCAGAGGAGACCUUGGUGCCCUACAGCAAGCCCAACUUCCCAUCUCCAGGAGGUCACAGCUCAUCAGGAACAGCUUCUUCUAAAGGAUCCACUGGGCCUAGGAAAGCCGAGGCGUUGAGGGGUGGCCACCAGCGCAAUGCCAGCGAUCUGCUUGACAUAGGAUAUAUGGGCUCAAGUAGUCAAGGACAGUUUACAGGUGAAUUAUAGUAACUGAGAGGAGACAUGCAAAGCUGCUCUGAAGGACCAUCAGGUCUGAACUCAUGGAAGUGAUGACACUAAACAGUGCAAUGAACAAUUUCUUUAUUUAUGUACUAUUAAAAGAACUGUAAAUGCAAUGUAAAGACACACAGCCACACAUAUCCCACAGAUAUUUUACUUGUGUUCUCUUAAGUACACCACCCACCUUAACUCUUUCUUGUCAGGAGUAUACAAAAAAGAAAGGAAACAAAGCUCGCCCUCCGGGAAGAAAAGAAUUUUCCUCUGUAUAUAAUUUCUUUCGUGCAUUGCUAUGCAAGCUCACUCUUUUUAGCUCUGUUCAUAUUAUUAUUGUCUGUUCUUAUUGGUCUGUUGUACUAUAUGUGAAUUAAUAGGCUGUGGUGCCAUAUAUUAACUUUUAAUUGUGUAACUUUUAUGUUUAAAUUUUGCACUGCAAUUUUAUUUGGUGAUAAGCACAAAUCUCUACUCCUCGUGACAUGAAGAAAAAGACUGAAUGUGAAGGGAGUUUCUGUACUGUAAGCCAGGUUGGAGAAUGCUGGUUGUGACCUUUUCACGUUAGAUGGUUUUCGGUUGGGGUAUAGAAAUAGGAAGAUGCUAAGGACAGUGGGGUUGGCGGAGUCUUCUUUGAACAUCAGGGACCGAGUCAAUAAAAAAUUUUUAAAACAGCAGAAAGGUGGCUUUUACUGUUGACAAAAGUGUGGGUCAAAAGAAGGAAGUUUAAGUCUUAAGACUGAAUAGGCAUUAAAAUAUACAGGUAGCAAAGAUGUACUAAACUUGCUUUAAGAAAUAAUAAGAAAAUUAAAGUUAUAUUUAGAAUCAGCUUUACCUGCCGUUGUAAUUGACCCAGCUGAGAAUUACAACAGGCGAAGGAAAUUAAGGUGUUUCACAAGAGCUGUAUUUAUAUUACAGGUUUUUUAACAAAACAUUUUCUGAGUGACCAUAAUUAACCUCUCCAACUCAUUAAGUCAGAAUAUAAUACGAUGUCCCCCAAGGAAACAAAGCAAAUGAACUCUAGAAUAUCCAGCAAAUAGUUAAAGAGGCAAUUUAUUAUCAGGACAUACUCGGGCUGCUUUGAAAUACGAAAACUCUAUUGCAAUAUCUUGUUUCAUCUCUCUAAGACAUGUACAGUACACACCAGAGGAUAGAGCUGCAUCACUUCAACUCGUGACUUUUUAAAACAAUGCAGUCUAUACGCAACUUUGCGUUUUCAUUUGACGAAGAAGUGAAGUUUAUGCCACCAGAUGCGUAUCCAAAUUGUAAGUGCUUAAAAAGCAGUGCUCAGAGUAUGUUCAGUUCACAGUAAGUAGAUUUAUCGGAGUAAAUAUUUCAUGGUACGAGCUCAGCAAUUGGCUACCUACUAAAAUAUGUCUGACCCAUUUUGAGUAAGUAAAUUGAAAAGGAGAAGAUGCAUGUUUAUACACUUUUUAAAUAAAACCAAACCUCGUCAAUGGACAUUAAUAACAGUGUCCUGGCUCAUUUGUUUUCAUGGCUUGGAGAGCAAGAAGUUCCUGAACGUCAGUCAUGUACGGUCCAAAUGAAUAUGACUUUGACAUCUCUGUCAGCUACUGCACAUGUACAGCCAGUCAAGUAGAACUUUCCUGAGAUGUCCACUUGUGACAUGUUCCCAUGUGCUGCCUACACAGUUAUAAAUUCUCCCUCUAGUUAUAAUUUCUCAUGUUUUCCUAUGACGUGUUCGGUAGUUUAUACUUUAAAGCAUAUCCAGUGUAAUGAUGGUCAGUUCUAAAAUACAGGACUCAUUUGAAUGACAAAUCAUUCUUCCUGCCUUUUUGGCUCAGUCACCAGUUGUGUGUCAUAUUGCUACAGUAAUGGCAAAAUGGGAUGCUUCGUGUUUUCUGUUGCUUGAGACUGCAUCAGCACAGGCGAGCACAGGGACAGUGUUCUUCACGGGCCCCCCCUUCCUCUUGGUGGCGUGUCCUUCAUUUCUUCACUGAGGAGGAAAUUCUGAGACGCACGCAGGGAGCGCUUCGGCUUUCUCCCAGAAGCGCCUGAGCGUCGGUGCAGUUUGACGUCUCUGGGACAAAGAGGCUGGGGAAGGCUGUAGGGUGUGAGGAAUUUAAAUUUUUAUUUAUGCAUUUCCUUACUUCACCUCUUUCUAUUUAAAAGCAAAGUUCUGUUCAUUUGUAUUCCCUCUUUAUACUCCUCUAUAAGCCAAUUUAGUCAAAAACCUUAGUUCAUUGCACAUAUUACACAUCGCCUUUGGCCCCUGGUAACUGGAAGGUGUAUGUGACUAAGAAACCAGGGCUCCAGAAACAGAGCAUGUGUAUGCUGGUGGCUCCUGGGAUCACAUCGGCCAUGCACCCUAACAUCUUAAUUGUCCCCAGUGCAUAAAGCCGACUUAUGGUUAGAUUUUUGCAGUGGAGACCUUAUGGUUUCUUUCUUAGAAUGUUAUUUGAGAAUAGCCCACAUUCCCUGUUAAAGCUGGUUUUAAAUAAAUUAGCUGGUCAAAUAUUGCACACAAAAUACAGUCUCCAAAUGGAUACAGGGCACGCUAAAAGCUGUGGCUGUCCACACGAACUCAGGAACACAGUGAAAAAAAUCCAGUCUUCUUCAGCUUGCCGUGGGUAAAAAGCUUCUAAAAUACCAUUAAAAAUACAAACACGGGUGAGGAAGGGCCGUGAUUUUUCACCCCGUAGCCAGCGGUGGGGCUGUAGAAGCUCACGGAGCGCUUGCCUCCAGGCCUAGAGGCGGCAGGCCCGGCAGGCUGCCGGGAGGAGCUGCGGGAGGGACAGACCGCGCCGGCCUGCUUGGGGCUCGCUGCCGAGCAGUGUCCCGCACAGCGCCGCUCAGGCGCCGCAUGCACAGCGGCCAGGCCCCUGCCCAGCUCCCUCCCGCUCAGGGCCCGCAGGCUGAGCGCAGCUGCCCCUUGUCCGCACCUUUCCGUGUCAUACUUACAGGGACAUGAAAGCAGUUGAUUUCUUCACAGCGUUUGAAUCCAGUUCAAGGGAGAACAUAGGAAACUCAAGAUCAACAUUUAAGGUAUCAUACAACCAAAGGAAGAAAAAACACUGCAAGUUUACUUGCUUUCGGUAACAAAACCGAUUAAAUGGUUGUCUACGUCAUGGUUUAAUGCUCUGGGUAUUUACAUAUAUUUUCAAUGGGUUUGAGUUGAAAGUUUGCAUGAGCUUGCUAGAACACCUCCAAAUUUCUAUUGAACUAAUUUGUGUGAUUGUCCAUCGACAACGUAAUGAUGACAGUGCCAAUGAACUCCAGGCUGAUCUGUCUCCUCCACUGGAAAGUGAUUGUGUGUCAGUAUUAAAAAUACGCAGAACCAUGACAUUCACUGAGUUGUUCAUCUGCUUCUGUAAAUUGUAUUUAUAGAAUUACAUGGCAAGGUUUGGUGUAAUGCAACAUGUUUUUCCACAUUACCUUAGAGGUGAAGUUACUUUUAUUUUGCUUCUCUAUUAUGUGUGCUUCAAAUGAAACACCGUACAUUUUAAAUGACAUUCAAUUUACUAAGUUAUCUUAUCUCAUCAUUUUCAAAAGCAUUUAUUGUGACUUUAAAGUGUUGCAAGAUAAGGGAUUUUGUGGCCGUGGGUAGACUUUUUAUACUUUGUUUUAUAGAUGGAUUCUUUUUUAACUGUAGUUUGUUUACGUCACCAAGCAGCAUCCAAAAUCUUAAUGUGUUUCAUUUGAUGUUGUUAGAUCAGAAAAGAAAUUGGCGUAACAUUGAUUAAUAGUAUUGUCAAAGAAUUGUGUAUUGUGUACUCACUGGGAAAAAAAAUAAAAUAUAUUCACAUUUCAAA